AUGUGCGCAGAAGACGUUGAGAAGCUCGUGAAUGACCGACUUCGAGACUUGAAGACCGGAGGAAACUUCAAGGAUUCACUACGUAAGGAGAUGGACCAGACUGACGGCGCGCUGAUGUGCAAGGUAUUUACGAUAACGUUGCGAGGAGCAGCCCAAGACUGGUUCCACACCCUACCAUCCAGGUCGAUCAGCAGCUUCAAGGAGUUAGCUUACGUCUUCACCAAAGAAUACACCUCUUACCGGACAAUCAAGAAGAACCCUGACCACUUGUACAACUUGUGCAAGAAGUCUGACGAAUCCCUUGGAGAUUACAUCAAGAGAUUCAAGGCAAAAAAGGUGAACAUUGUACGAUGUGAAGAUCGAAUCGCGUCCUCUGCUUUUAAGAAAGGUCUUCUAGCUGAGCACGACUUGUACCGCGAGCUGACUAUCACUUCCAGCCAGACUCUGGCAGAGGUCUACAUGACUGCGGAACGCUACGCGAUCUGGGAUGACGAUCGAAUCGCCGCAAAGAAGUCUACAAAGCAGGAAGAUCAGCCAACUAAGCGGGCAGGCCAAAAAGGCGACGGAUUUAACAACAGGAACAAGGACAGGCGCAGGUCGCACCCACAAGGGGAGGCUACGACAGGAGAGAACUGCACCAAGUUCACCAUCCCCAUACAUCAAAUCUUAGCCCAAGUGAAGAACAAACCUUUGGUAAGAAGACCACCACCCUUGAAGGGAGAUCCGGACAAGGGGAUACUAGCAAAUACUGUGCCUUCCAUGGACGCACAGACACACUACGAACAACUGCUUCGCUUGGAAAGGGCAUCUUGA